GGCGGGUGUCGGUGAGCGCGGCGAGCGGGUUCCUAGUGGCUGCGGGCGGCCUGGGCUGCCGGGGCCGCCGCCUGGGUCGCUGCCGCCGCCGCCGCCGCGCCUGCUGAGAGAUGGCGGUUUUGGGCGCCGAAGGCUGAGGGCGCCCGCCUGUGGAGGAGGCGCCGCCGCCGGGGCCGCCGGGAGCCGACGGCUUCGCGCCGGGUUGUCUCCUCACUGGACUAUGAGCUCCGUGGAAGAAGGAAUCGUGUCUUACUCAUCUUUAUAUCUCCAGUGUCUAGAACAGUUCCUGGUACAAAAUUUAAGCUGAAUUUUGGGACAUGGCCACUGCUUCACCAAGGUCUGAUACUAGUAAUAACCACAGUGGAAGGUUGCAGUUACAGGUAACUGUUUCUAGUGCCAAACUAAAAAGAAAAAAGAACUGGUUUGGAACAGCAAUAUAUACAGAAGUAGCUGCAGAUGGAGAAAGUAAGAAAACAGCAAAAUCCAGUAGUUCUUCUAAUCCAAAAUGGGACGAACAGCUAACUGUAAGUGUGACCCCACAGACUACAUUGGAAUUUCGAGUUUGGAGUCAUCAUACUAUAAAAGCAGACGCUUUGUUAGGAAGAGCAACAGUAGAUUUGAAACAAGCUCUGUUAAUACACAAUAGAAAAUUGGAAAAAGUGAAAGAACAAUUAAAACUUUCCUUGGAAACCAAGAAUGGUGUCGUGCAAACUGGUGAAUUAACAGUUGUGCUUGAUGGACUGGUGAUUGAGCAAGAAAAUAUAACAAAUGGCAGCUCAUCUCCAGCCAUAGAAGUACAGCAAAAUGGUGAUGCCUUACAUGAAGACAGAGAACCUUCAGCAAGGACGACCACCAGGUUGGCUGCUGAAGAUACUAACGGGAUAGAUACUCAUGUACCUACAAACACUGCAGUACACAGCUCAUGCUGUUCAUAUGUAGUUAAUGGGGACGACACACCAUCUCCAUCUCAGGUUGCUGCCAGACCCAAAAACACACCAGCUCCAAAACCACUCACCUCUGAGCCUGCCACUGACACUGUUAAUGGAGACUCACCCUCAUCUGUACCGACUGAUAACGCCUCCAGCACGGGUACUGCAAUAGGAUCUGGAGAACCCGCCUUGUCUUCAAAUUGCACUAGUACUCCUGUUGAAGACCCUCCAGUUCAAGAAACACUGACCUCCUCGGAAAACAAUGAAUGUAUUGUCUCUAACAGUGCAGCCUUUGGAUCUGAAGCUCAAAGUACAUUGGAUCCUUCCACCUCCAAUUCUGCAAGUAGCUCUGCUUUUGAAGCAGCCAAAUUAAGACAGCCCGACGGAUGUGUGGAACCUGCCCGGCAGCAGUCUGGAGGUGCCAACACAGAAACGCUGCCAUCAGGGUGGGAACAGAGAAAAGAUCCUCAUGGUAGAACCUACUACGUGGAUCAUAACACACGGACGACCACGUGGGAGAGGCCGCAGCCUCUGCCUCCAGGUUGGGAAAGAAGAGUCGAUGACCGGGGCAGAGUGUAUUACGUGGACCAUAACACCAGGACGACCACCUGGCAGCGGCCCACCAUGGAGUCGGUCCGGAACUUCGAGCAGUGGCAGUCCCAGCGGAGCCAGCUGCAGGGAGCUAUGCAACAGUUCAACCAGCGAUACCUCUACUCGGCUUCAAUGUUAGCAGCAGAAAAUGACCCAUACGGGCCUUUGCCACCAGGCUGGGAAAAAAGAGUGGAUUCAACAGACAGAGUUUACUUCGUGAAUCAUAACACAAAAACAACCCAGUGGGAAGACCCCAGAACUCAAGGUUUGCAGAAUGAAGAACCCCUGCCAGAAGGUUGGGAAAUUAGGUAUACCCGGGAAGGUGUGAGGUACUUUGUUGAUCAUAAUACAAGAACAACAACAUUCAAAGAUCCUCGCAAUGGAAAGUCAUCUGUAACUAAGGGUGGUCCACAGAUUGCCUAUGAACGCAGCUUCAGGUGGAAACUCGCUCACUUCCGUUAUUUGUGCCAGUCCAAUGCUUUACCCAGUCACGUAAAGAUCAAUGUGUCCCGGCAGACGUUGUUCGAAGAUUCCUUCCAACAGAUUAUGGCAUUAAAACCCUAUGACUUGAGGAGGCGAUUAUAUGUAAUAUUUAGAGGAGAAGAAGGACUUGAUUAUGGUGGCCUAGCAAGAGAAUGGUUUUUCUUGCUUUCACAUGAAGUUUUGAACCCCAUGUAUUGCUUAUUUGAGUAUGCUGGCAAGAACAACUACUGUCUACAGAUAAAUCCAGCAUCAACUAUUAAUCCAGACCAUCUUUCAUACUUUUGUUUCAUUGGUCGCUUUAUUGCUAUGGCACUCUUUCAUGGGAAGUUUAUUGAUACUGGUUUCUCGUUACCCUUCUACAAGCGUAUGCUAAGUAAAAAACUGACUAUUAAGGAUUUGGAAUCGAUCGAUACUGAGUUUUAUAAUUCCCUUAUCUGGAUAAGAGACAACAACAUUGAGGAAUGUGGCUUAGAAAUGUACUUUUCUGUUGACAUGGAGAUUUUGGGAAAGGUUACGUCACAUGACCUGAAGUUGGGAGGUUCCAAUAUCCUAGUGACAGAGGAGAACAAAGAUGAAUAUAUUGGUUUAAUGACUGAGUGGCGUUUUUCUCGAGGAGUACAAGAACAGACCAAAGCUUUCCUUGAUGGCUUUAAUGAGGUUGUUCCCCUUCAGUGGCUGCAGUACUUUGAUGAAAAAGAAUUGGAGGUUAUGUUGUGUGGCAUGCAGGAGGUCGACCUGGCAGAUUGGCAGAGAAACACUGUGUAUCGACAUUAUACCAGAAACAGCAAGCAAAUCAUUUGGUUUUGGCAGUUUGUGAAGGAGACAGACAAUGAAGUGAGAAUGCGACUGCUGCAGUUUGUCACUGGAACCUGCCGUUUACCUCUAGGAGGAUUUGCUGAACUCAUGGGAAGUAAUGGGCCUCAAAAAUUUUGCAUUGAAAAAGUUGGCAAAGAUACCUGGUUACCAAGAAGCCACACAUGUUUUAAUCGCUUGGAUCUACCACCAUAUAAGAGUUAUGAACAACUAAAGGAAAAACUUCUUUUUGCAAUAGAAGAAACAGAGGGAUUUGGACAAGAAUGAAUGUGGCUUCUUGUCUUGGAGGAGCUCUUGCAUUUAAAUACCCCAGCCAAGAAAAGUUGCACAGAUAGUGUAUAUAAGCUGUUCAUUCUGUACAGUGAAUUUUCUGAAUCUCUCAAAAGUAUAAAUGUUUUCCGUUCUUCCACAGAAAUAUGCAAAACAGCUCAUCCUUUUCUACUUUAUUUAUUGUUCCCUUGAAAUGACUGACCAGGAAAAAAAAAUCAUCCUUAAAUUUUGAAGCAAGCAAGAGACUUUAUUAAAAAUAAGUAUAUAUCUAUAUAAGCAUAUGAUAGUGGCUCUAGUUUUAUAGAGCUCAGAGUGUAUUAAACGUGACAGCCACUCAUUUGAAAGUAGUCUGGAUUUGCUUUACCUUGUUUCUGUUACCCAGGGGAAGAAGUUCAAAUUGCUCCAUGUUUUUUUCCCUGAUGUAACAUCUCUUGAGGGUGUUUAGCUGCAUGGCUGUUCAGGAAGGUAUUAAGGGCUUAGGCCAAAAUCUUACUUUGAAUAUGUUAAAAAAGUGCUGCUGGCUUUUCUUAAGAUGGGUGCUUGAACCUGUCAGUUUAUUUUAAAUAAAUACAGUAGUUGAAAAUUUUCCCUCUUUGCUACAUCACUAAUACAGUCAGUCAAAGUCAUUAAUGAAACCAUAACUUACAUGAGUAAAUCAUAUACUAGAUCUACUACCAUUUAGUUUAUUCUGGAAAUUGGGGAGAAUUCACUGAGCAGCAUAGAGGUUUGUUUACAGUUACUUUGAGAUGCUAGCUUUUUGUGGAAUUAAAAAGAAUCAGGCACUUCUGUACUUUAGUUUUAGUAUCUAUGAUGUUCUUUAAAUACAGAAUAAAUUGAUAUAAUUUGAUACUUAGGAACAUAUAAAAAGGUAAUGUGAACUUUUCUGCUUUUGUGUUCGAAAUUUUGGUUUUAUAAAACCAGAUGGAUUGAAGACUUACAUAAGCAUCUAAAUAUUCAAAUAAGUCUAAUGAUUUCCUAUUACAGUUUGAGUAUCUUCAUUCCUCUUAAAUUCAUAAAAGUUCUAUGUAUCUGAAUAAGCAUAUAAAAAAUAUUUUGGUCUUCCCCCCUUUUUAUAUAAAUUAUUAUUUUUGUCCUAAAUACUUUGUUUUUCAUUAUCAAAGACAUUUACUGAACUACAAAAAUGUGUAACAAUCUGAUGUGAAUGGUAUUAAUGCUACUUUAGCAAGUGGGGCUUCCUUAUUAAUAUAAAAAUUUAAAUUUCCACUUGUA